AUGCUAGUUGGAAAAUUGGCCAAAUGGUUGGUCCUACUGUCUGAAUUUGAUAUUGUGUAUAAGACUCGAAAAACCAUCAAAGGGCGUGUAGUGGCCGAAUUUCUUUCUGAAAAUCCAGUUAAUGAAGAGGAAGAAGUCGAAACAGCCUUCCCGGAUGAGAGUCUCAAGCUAGUAGAGGUCCAGCCAUGGAAAAUGUACUUUGAUGGGGCCAUGAAUAAGAGCGGAGCCGGUAUAGGGGUAGUUUUGAAAGCAUCGAAUGGAGAACAAUUGUUAGUGUCAAAAAGGCUAUGUUUCCCAACCACUAAUAAUAUUGCAGAAUAUGAGGCUUGCAUUUGUGGCCUAGAGGCAUUAAUAGCUGUUGGGGCUAAAAAAGUGGAGGUGUUCGGAAAUUCAAUGCUAGUGGUUUCCCAUGUUAAAGGUGAAUGGGAAUUGAAAGAAGAAAAGUUGAGGCCAUACCUAGAGUAUGCUAAGAAACUAUUAUUUAGCUUUGAGGAAGUGACAAUGAAGCACAUGCCUAGAGCUCAGAACCAGAUGGCUGAUGCUCUAGCCACGCUGGCAUCCUUAUGGGAGAAGGGUGAUCAGAAGCUGACCCAGCUAGUUAUCCUGAUGAGGAGUAGAAUCCCAUGCUAUGAAGGGUUAAUAAUAGCACAUUUAGAUCUAGAAGAUGAGAUGAAAUGGUAUGAGGACAUAAGAAGAUAUUUAGAGGUAAGAGAAUACCCACAGUCAGCCAAUAGUAGGGAUAGAGCUACAAUUCGUAGAUUAGCCACUCAGUUCACUUUGGCUGGGGGCCAACUUUACAAAAGGUUCUUCGAAGGACUAUUGCUCUUGUGUGUGACAAAAAAGCAGUCUGAGCAGAUAAUGGAGGAAGUACAUGCAGGAGUGUGUGGUCCUCACAUGAACGGAAGGGUAUUAGCUGGCAAAAUUUUAAGAUUGGGCUAUUACUGGUCUACCAUGGAUACUGACUGUGCUAAAUUUGUGAAAAGAUGCCAUAAGUGCCAAAUCCAUGGGAAUUUGAAUCACCUACCGUCUAGUGAACUCUACAGUAUGACUUCACUGUGGCCAUUCUCAAUAUGGGGCAUAGACAUUAUUGGGAAGAUUUCUCCCACGGCUUCUAAUGGCCAUAGAUUUAUCAUUGUGGCAAUUGACUAUUUCACCAAGUGGGUUGAAGCUGAAUCUUAUAAAGUAGUAGGGGCCAAGCAGAUAAGUAAGUUUGUUCGAAAGAACUUGAUUUGCAGGUACCUUCAAUUAGUGGAAAUUCAACGGUUACCCGGGUCUGUGAAUUUCCGACCAGUCAGACAGGCUACCGAAAGAGUCUCGGAAUUGGGUCGAGAUUUUGGCUACCCCACCGUUGUCAGACGUCCUUAG